AUGGCACGAAAUACUACAACUGUCGCGAAUGGCGAUGUUGCAAACCUUAAAACUAACAUUCCUGUUAAGUCACUUGUUGACGGCGUCAGGAAUAGUAAACAGCUCUGUGACAUGUGUGACAUGCAAUCGAGAGCCGCACACUUCUGUUGCGAUUGUGGUAAGAAUAUGUGUAACGCAUGUCUGCAAGAUCAUAACAACUGGAACCCUAAUCUUAAACACAAAGUAGUGAGUGUUGAGGACAUCAGGGAGGGUAACGUAGUCUUAGAGAAGAAGUUAUAUUGUCGAGAAAAGAUACAUAAAACUGAGAAGUAUGAAUGCACUGAUGUAUGCACGACUUGUAAGAAGCUCAUUUGUAUGAGAUGUCGCAUGCUCUACCACACUCCGGAGAAAGGCCAUUGUGUUAAAGAUGCCGGGGAGUACACCGCCUCCAUCAAAAAUAGAGUUGAAACCCUACAGUCACGUGGUAAAACUAAAACUAAAACAGUCAAGAAUCACAUGACUUGUAUUGAUCAUCAAAUCAAACGCGUCAACUAUCACAUUGAUGGGGAAAAGGCAAAAAACAGCAGGAUUUGCGAAGAAGCUAUCAAUAAAAUAACAGAGAGUAAUGCUACCUUGAACAAGCAACUCGAUGACCAGAAAGAAAAAUUAGUUAGGAGUUUAAAUAAUAUGAAAAUUGAUAAUCAAAGGUUAGUUAAGAGUAUUGAGAGUGCGAGUGAUUUGUUGAGUAAUAGUUUGAAAGGCCGAAUAGAAGGAGAUGCUGCAGCAAUUUGUGAUUCAUUGUCUUUUGAAUUGAAUAAUGUAUUAGAUAGGGAUAAUCCAAAGAAGAAGGUUGCUAUUGAUGUCGGCGAUCAUGCAGAGGAACUGACGUUUACACCAAGCUGCGAUCCUGAUACAUUAUCAAUGGGGGAACUGAGGUUUGUGAAAUGUAAGCCGAAAUGCAAUGCAGCACUCUCAAAGAAGGACGCUAUGAAUGGCAUAGCUGCUACCAAUAAUGGUAUGGUAGCAGUUGGUUAUAGCGAAGGGGGAAUCUAUAUCUUCUCUCCUAAUUGUCAGCUUCAGAAGGCAGUGAUCAAAGACGUAUGGAUCGUGGACGUAGGAUUCCUCUCUGAUGGUUGUUAUGCUGUACGUGAUAGAUAUAACAAGAUGGCAUUGUACACAUCAAAUGAAGAGAGACAGGAUGUGACAUUCGAUACUCUAGGUAAGAGUGAAGGUGGAACAGGUGGUCUCGCCGUUGACAGCAAUGAUCUGAUCUAUGUUAGCUACAGGAAAGCUAAGAAGAUCCAGGUAUUCUCACCAUCAGGUGGCAAGGCUAUGAGGGUGAUACCAUGCGAUGGGUAUGAACCAAAGCAAAUCACAUGUUAUGGUGAUUCAUUGAUCGUUAAGCAGGAUGACACUCAGAUAGCACGUAUUAAUAAAAAGGGUGUUAUAAUGUAUCAAUUAUUACGUAAACCUCUGGAAAUACGCCUCUUUGCCGCUGUGAGUAAGGACAACACAAUCCUGAUUUCCUCUGUAAGAUUCGAGGAAGGUCUGCUCAAUAUCGAUGAGUAUACCGGUGAGCUCAAACACAUUAGGAGUCUUAUAUCUGAUUACAAGAUUGAAAAACCUGAUAGGCAUUGGUAUUACCUUCAACAGUUUCAAUCAGGAGAGAUAGCUUUCUGUACACCUAAUAGGCUCUAUGUAUUCAACCUAGUUACUAGUAAAGUUACCUCGUAAGAAUAUUAUGUUUCGACCUUCAAGAGCCAAUCAAUUUCCUACUUUACAAAUUCUUAAAUUCACCAGUUUCAAUGCUAAUCUUGGUAUUUAUGUUUCAUUAAUGUCAAAACAAUAGAAUAGUAAAAGGCAAAAGUACAUUAUAUACAAUUGUUAUUACAUACAGAGGAGAGUAAUUGAAACAUGAGACUCUACAAAGGUUGAAAAAGAAUUAAACUUCAGUUGAAGAAGAAUCAAGGUACUGCUAGAUUAUUCGUGUUUCUGAUUUCGAAAAGGAAAAGGGAAACAAGGAGGCGCGCUCAAUUGUCUGUUUCGUGAAGGUGAAGCAGAAAAAGGGAAAAAUUUAUUUCAAUUCAAUGUUAUGUUUCGUGAACGCGAAACAAAAAGAGGAAACGAAACUUUCAAUUCAAUUUUGUGUUUUCAAAAGGAAAAAAUAAAAAUUAUAAUAUGUAAAGAAAAAGUCAAACGGAAGAAUGAACCGUUUUUUCUGUUUUCUUGUUUUUACAUCUUUCAUUCUUGAAUCAAAAUAUUAAAAAAUUACCGUUUUUUGUUUUAAAUAUCGAAAAUAGAAUCAAUUUUAAAGAACUAUUUCGUUUUUGCUUUUUCCGUUUCGAAAUCAGAAAAACAAAUUAUCUAACGGUACCUUGAUUAAAAGCUCUGUCCAAAGCUGCACCCCAACUGUAUCUUGUUUAACAUAGUUUCAUGCAUGUCAGGUUAGGUGUUACGUAAUUUCCACUUCUAUCAUUACCAUUCUUAAAGUAACACAGUUUGAGGGCUUUCCUUGAAACUCCAUUUUUAGUAGAAAUUAAUGUAACAAAAUGAUGUUGCCUUUUUUCUUUCCAUCAAAAUAUCAUUUUACAUACCCUUAUUUAGAAAAAAUAUGUUAAAGCAUAAAUACAAUUUCAUGUGAAUGACACCACGCAAAAUUGAAAAGUGGAACAAAGCAGAUUACAUUGAUUAUUCAGAAAUGAUUAAAACCUAUAUUUCCAUAGUUUACUUUCUUGAUGAAGAAUAUUCUAUGACAUAAACGACUGAUGUUGACAACGUGACCAGUAAUGGUUCUGGUCCCAUAUAGUGGGCCUACGGAAAAAAACCUUUGUUGAGAAUGGUAAUUAAUAAAUACAAGUCCUAAUAGUUAUAUGUAAUUGUAGGUGUAUGUGUGAGGAAAAAUUUAAGACUUACAAAAAAAUCAAAAGCAAUGAUUAAUCGCAAUAACAGUUUAAUCUAAUGAUAAACAAUCAAUCGACCAAUAUCAGAUCAAUUCGGCCUAAAAUUCGGAUGUUGGAAAAUCCUGGCGAAAGUUUGCCUCUUACCUGGCUUAACAUAGACCCAAUAUUGACAGAAGUGAGUCGAUAGACAUGAUGCAUGUGACGUGAUAACGGUGGAUUCCAAGCUGGAGAGUAACAUAUAUAUUUUUAUUCAUUCUUUAUCAUUAUGAUUUGGUUCGUAUGACAAUACUGAUGAGAUUAUUAUAAAUUUUAAUAUAAGAAAUGCAUGCAUAUGAUGCAGAUUUACAUCAACCGAAUAGAAAGAUGGUGCCUAUUACUUUUGUUGGUGUUAUAUACUCUACUUGGAUGCUAUGGUAUGUUCACGAUUUCGAUGCAUUUAUCAGUUUGUUCAUGAUAAUUUCCAUUACAUAUCCCUUUUUUGUUUUCGAUAUUAUUAGUAACAUAAAUAUAAAUUAAUGAGCGAUGACAACAAACAUACAUGUCGAAUUCGAUGUCAAUACAAAUGGAAAUCAUAAGAACCACAAUUCAAUUCAUAGCAUCGCAAAUUGGGAAUAACCUUCAUCAAAAUGUAAAACCGAAAUGUACAGUCAUUUUGUUCACAGCUAACAAAAGAAAGGAGAAAUAUAGGCCUAUAAAUGUAUAUACACAUUUCGUUUAUUUUGUCAUAACGUUUAUUACACUUAUGAAUUGUAUUUAGUUGUAAAUUCGUUUUAUUUCAGAUUGCUCAAUCGAAGGGGAAAAUGUUCAUCGUAAUAAAAUUAUACUGAUUUUUUUUUUCUUAAAGUGCAUUGUUUUAAAUUUGAUCACAUGUAACGCAUUAAGUGUGUUCAUAUUGUAAAAAAGCUGAACAAAAGUUAUACAUACCACUAAACCCUUUCUAUUUCCGCAGUCAU